AUCUCUUAAGGAACGGAAGUGAAAUCGCGGAUACGGGCGACCCAUCCAGUUGGAGUGUGUCAGUGUGCCAGCACAGUGUGUUGUUCAGGGUGUGCAAUUGGUUGCCAUCCCCAUCCCCAACCCAUUAGCAGCAUCGUUCUGCGGUGGGGAGAACCCAGUGCACAGAGAAUUGGACCAUUGAUUGAGUGGCACACAGUGCAAAAUAAGGAAUAUCCCGUUCGCUGGUGGGGGAUCCGGAACGGGACCUAAGGGGGGUCGCGGUCGGUCGGGUGUGGUGGGUGUUUUCCGCCUCCCUCCUAUCAUCUGUGCGCUCCCACCCAGUGUCAGUCAGUGUCGGUUGGAACCCAGUGAAUGGUGGUGCUGGUGCUGGUGGUGAUCUCGAACCCCUUUCCAAUCACGGACAACGAUUUCGAUGGGGACAUCCCCUUAGCGUUCGCUGCUAGUUCUGCACAGUUGUCCCGGCAGGAUGUAUGCUGCAACGACGGCGAUGGCGUGGUGAGCGUGAAAGCCCAUCACUGGUGUUCACCUUUUUUCCCCCGACUCGAUAAUGGCAGUUUACUGAAACGUCGGAAGUGGGAAGUUAGAACUAGGAGGGCAAAGUGAGUGGUGGACAACCGCGGCGUAAAACAGCGAUAAAGGCAGCAACGAGAUUGAGAUACGGUUCCCGCAGGCCGAGUGAAAAAGGAAUCCCGGAAGGCGAACCCCCAUCCUACCCAACGACGGGGCUUGUGCUGUUUCCUCUCGGUUAUCGAUAGACAGUCCAAUAAGCAGCGCAGGACAUACGUGCCACAAAUGAAGACAACGGUAGACAUGACUGCCGACAGGCACUUGUUCUGCUACGAUGCAACGAUGAUGACCGCCCCAAUGACGGAUCGAUUGUGGUAGGCUUCAGCAGUGCAGUGUACAGUGAGUGUGGUUUUGCGCCGCCAACCCUCGGGAAAGAACACCCUCCCGCACCCUGUUCGGCGGCGGUUCAACCGUGAAGUGAACAACGGUGGUGUUCCCGGGUAACAACUGGUGCAAAUAGUUGCAGUGCUGCCGGGGUAACUAGCUUCGGGCGUGGGAAAUAGUUCGCACUUUAAACCGUGUAAAACUAGAACGGAUCGCGUUAUUUACUACUUCCGGGGAGUGCACAUAAAAAUAACGACGCGACGCCGGAAACGACGGAAACGGAAGUGGAAAUCAAUACGGUUAUGUUCUGAUACGAUGCAACUCAAUCUGGAGCAGUGAGCAAGGCAAGUGGAUUACAGUGAACCUCCCGAGACUGGAGGGGUGAAUGUGCAGUGGGGUUGGUAAAUCCGGCAAAUAGUGGCGAUAAUUAAAAGCGAAAAAGUCAUUACCAGACGCCAACCAGUGGCAGUUCGGUGGCAAGAAGAACCAUCUUCUCGGUGUGUAAUUUGAUCCUGUAAAUCUCGUUAAGAUUAAAAUAAUCACCAUCGUCGUCGUCUUCGUCUUCGCUGUCGUCGUAAAAAUGUACGGAUUCGUGAACUACGCGUUGGAGUUGCUGGUGCUCAAAAACUUUGGAAUUAACAUAUGGGAACAAAUAAAGAAAAAGGCUCAGGUCAACAUGGAGGGCCAAUUUUUGGUCCGCCAGAUCUACGAAGAUGACAUCACGUACAAUCUGAUAGAAGCUGCAGUUGAAAUUCUGAAUAUUCCUGCCGGAGACAUCCUGGAAUUGUUUGGCAAAACAUUCUUUGAAUUCUGCCAGGACUCGGGAUAUGACAAAAUCCUGCAAGUGCUCGGUGCAACGCCUCGAGAUUUUCUGCAAAAUCUAGACGCGUUGCACGACCACCUCGGAACACUGUACCCGGGAAUGCGAGCCCCCUCGUUUCGAUGUACGGAAACGGAUGGUCAACUGGUACUGCACUACUAUUCCGAACGGCCCGGACUGGAGCACAUAGUGAUAGGAAUUGUCAAGGCCGUUGCAUCGAAACUGCACGGAGUAGAUGUAGAGAUCAAGAUCAUACGCCGAAAAGGUGACCCCGUUGAAGUGCCAGUCUCCAAACCGGAGGAAAAAGUGAAGUCACCUCCGCCGGCAGUGGCUCAAAAACCAGUUCCUAUCAUCACUUCGGCCGAUCUGGCCGUGCCUGAACUGGCCAACCUAGGUCUAUGUAAACGAAUACUAAUGUCUAAAACGUACGGUGAAUCUUAUCUAUCGAAUAGACUGAAUAAUUUAGCAACCUCCAGAAGCUCGACAACGCUUGCACACCGAACCGACCCUACGUCUUGCAAUGGCAAUAAACCUAGCUUAAGUAGUAGUCAAAACGGAAGCAAUAGUAGACUGUACUUCGAUGAUAGCCAAUUGACCACUAGUAGUAACGGAACCAAUAAUUGUGAUAGCAAUCAGACCGUGACGGUGACGUCAACAAACUCGGGGAAGGCCACCAAGGCGGUCGAGCGAUCGGACCACAUACAGUUUCUGAUCACGGAAAUCUCCGCACCCAAAACGCCAACGCGAAGAAGCGAAGACAAGGAACCACAAGCCGACUACCAGCUGGUCGCAAAAGAACCAAUGAUAUCGCCGACGACCUUCUGCAAGGUAUUUCCCUUUCACCUCAUGUUCAAUCGUGAUAUGGUCGUGGUGCAGGCUGGUAAAUCCGUUUCCCGAGUAAUACCCAGAAUAUCCGAGCAGAAUUGCCCUUUAUUGACGAUAUUCGAAGCUAUUCGACCACAUCUGGAAUUGAGCUUUGGUAAUAUCCUGGCCCACAUUAACACAAUCUACGUACUCAAGACCAAGUCGGGUGUGAUGUCGAUCAGAGAUAGAUACCUGAGACUGAAGGGUCAAAUGAUGUACAUCCCAGAAUCGGACCUAAUCCUGUUUCAGUGCUAUCCCAGCGUGAUGAACCUAAACGAUCUCACCAAGAAAGGCCUUCACAUCUCGGACAUCCCGCUGCACGACGCGUCCCGCGAUCUGGUCCUGCUGUCCGAACAGUUCGAAGCCGAAUACAAACUGACCACGAACCUGGAAAUCCUCACCGACCGGCUGCAGCAGACCUAUCGGGACCUGGAAAGUGAGAAGCAGAAAACCGACCGUUUGCUGUAUUCGGUCCUGCCGAAAACCGUGGCCAACGAGUUGCGGCAUCAGCGGCCCGUAGCUCCCAAACGGUACGACAGCGUCACCCUGAUGUUCUCCGGUAUCGUGGGCUUCGGUCAGUACUGUUCGGCCAACACCGAUGCCGACGGUGCGAUGAAGAUCGUCAAGAUGCUCAACGAACUGUACACGAUUUUCGACGAGCUGACGGACUCGAAGAGCAACUCGAACAUCUACAAGGUGGAAACGGUCGGCGACAAGUACAUGGCCGUGUCCGGACUGCCGGAUGAGUGCGAGAACCAUGCCAAGUGUAUAGCGCGGUUAGCCUUGGACAUGAUGGACAUGGCGCGGAAUGUUAAGAUGGGUUCGGAGUCAGUGCAAAUCACAAUCGGGAUUCAUUCGGGCGAGGUGGUCACCGGUGUCAUCGGUAACCGAAUGCCCCGCUACUGUCUGUUUGGCAACACGGUCAACCUGACGAGUCGGACGGAAACGACCGGGGUCCACGGGAAGAUCAACAUCAGUGAGACGACCUACAAACUCCUAUGCGAACCAGUUAACCAAGAUCCUUCGUUCAACCUCGAAUACCGUGGACCCGUGGUAAUGAAAGGCAAACCGGAACCAAUGGAUUGUUGGUUCCUCACCCGAAAGACUGCAAACAGCAGCAAUGGGCAACCGCCUCCUCCAGGAAGUUCAACUCCAACGAGCGCCAAGAAAUAAACGCUUUCUUCAAACCGCAGUUUCACAGUAAUAUCUGACAUGAACACUUAUCCAUAUAGGUUAAAGUAGACAAAGAAAAUGAACAAAGUAAACCAGUGAGAUUUAACUAAGAUUCUAUGAAAAAACCUUGAAAACUUUCAAAAAACCAAUCCAAAGUUAUAGUGAGAGCUAUUAGUUCCAGUAGACAAUUUGUACCGCCAAGUAGGAUCGAUCAGUAGGUGAACAAAACCAAACAAAGAGUACAUGCUAUUAUAUUUAUCAAACUGUAGAUCCUGUCGAGAGAUGAUGCUAUUGAACCAAGAAUAUGAAGCCAAAUAUGAUAAAAUCGAAUUGCUUUGAUUCUACAAAACUACGACUUAAUAGAUGUUGUAAUUUUCACUUUAAAUAAACCAGAAAAUAAUUCUAGCGAAGCAGAGACAAUGCCAAAUCUUGUAGAUUCUUCAAUCUAACAAAAUUGAAACCCUAAAGAAAAGCCAUUUCUAAAUGAUAAACUUGUAGUAUGAGGUAAAAACUGUUGUUACUAAAUAUAUUAAUCGGUUACCGUUGAGUCAAAGCGAAAUAUUUAUUUGACCAGUUUCCAUAACCGACAUUUUUAGGAAUCUGUUUUGAAUUGUUUCCCGUUUGACUGAAUAGUUUUGUAUUAGAUUUUUUAUUGAACCUUGCGACCUUAUGCUAUUUCCUACAAGACAGAGAAAAAACAAUGGGGUCAUAUGGAUGAUCUAUUAUAGUACUGUAGGAUAAGUAUAAAAACCUCUAUCGAUGAAUUGAUAUCCUUGCAACCCUUAAUACGCGACGAAACCCGUAUUCACCUGGGAGUAUUCACUAUUCAAAAAUGGAAUAUGACCACCAAACCAAACACUUACCAGAUUAUUAAUCAAUAAAACAGAAAAAUAAACACUGAUUGGAUACAAAUGUAGUGGAUUAAUGCGUGUUGGUAAACAGCGGAUCAAAAAUGAACAGAAGUCUUGAAUACAUAU